GUGACACGCCGCGCCUCCUCCGAAAGCCGCCGGUGGGCGAGCCUAGCCAGCCGUUCGCCCCGGGGGAAGAGAAAGGAGAGAGGGCGAGAGCCGGGCAUGCCUCCGCCGAGGCAUUCGCGCCCCUGAGGGAAUCGGCCGCCGACGCCGACUCGCGCCUCCUUUUCUGACACCGGGCUGGGGCGCACGAGAUCUGGGCAUCGCGCCUCGUUUGGAGAGGUCUCUGCUGCACUCGCCGGCUUUCCCCUUCGCCUUUUCCCGGGGAAGGAGGAGCAGGAGGAGGAAGAAGGGAGUGUGCCGAGGGGUCUCUCCCCUCCGUCGGUCCGCAGCGCAUGAGGAGAGAAGCGCCCUGAGGACGCCUUCCUCCCGGGGUUCGAGAGACUUGGCUUGGUUUGGCGAGGCUGCCCGUCGGCAUUCACCUUGGUCUUGCGCUCCUUCCAUCUCCGCGGGCGCGGAGGGAGCCCCCCUCGUAAACAUGGCGAGCGAUUCUCCGGCUCGGAGCUUGGACGAGAUCGAUCUGUCCGCCUUGAGGGAUCCUGCAGGCAUCUUUGAACUGGUUGAACUGGUUGGCAAUGGGACUUACGGACAAGUGUAUAAGGGCCGUCAUGUUAAAACCGGGCAACUUGCAGCGAUUAAAGUCAUGGAUGUUACUGGGGAUGAAGAAGAAGAGAUUAAACAAGAAAUUAACAUGCUAAAGAAAUACUCUCAUCACCGAAAUAUUGCUACUUAUUAUGGUGCUUUCAUUAAAAAGAACCCACCAGGAAUGGAUGAUCAGCUCUGGCUGGUGAUGGAGUUCUGUGGUGCUGGAUCUGUUACUGAUCUGAUCAAGAACACAAAAGGGAACACUUUGAAGGAGGAGUGGAUUGCCUAUAUCUGCAGGGAGAUUUUACGGGGCUUGAGUCAUCUCCAUCAACACAAAGUGAUCCAUCGAGAUAUUAAAGGCCAAAAUGUUUUGCUAACUGAAAAUGCAGAAGUUAAACUAGUGGAUUUUGGAGUCAGCGCUCAACUAGACAGAACAGUUGGUCGAAGAAAUACAUUUAUUGGAACACCGUACUGGAUGGCACCUGAGGUCAUCGCCUGUGAUGAAAACCCUGAUGCUACUUAUGAUUUCAAGAGUGAUUUGUGGUCUUUAGGGAUAACAGCCAUCGAAAUGGCAGAAGGAGCUCCCCCCCUUUGUGAUAUGCAUCCCAUGAGAGCUUUGUUUCUCAUUCCCCGAAACCCAGCUCCCAGGCUGAAAUCAAAGAAGUGGUCCAAAAAAUUCCAGUCCUUCAUUGAAAGCUGCCUGGUGAAAAACCAUGGUCAGAGGCCGACCACUGAACAGCUGAUGAAGCACCCGUUCAUUCGAGACCAGCCAAAUGAAAGGCAGGUUCGCAUCCAGCUCAAGGACCACAUUGACAGGACUAAGAAAAAACGAGGAGAGAAAGAUGAGACAGAGUAUGAGUACAGUGGAAGUGAGGAAGAAGAAGAAGAAAAUGACUCUGGAGAACCCAGCUCCAUCCUAAACUUGCCUGGAGAAUCGACAUUACGGCGGGAUUUUUUGCGGCUUCAGCUUGCAAACAAGGAACGCUCAGAGGCCCUCCGUCGGCAGCAGCUGGAGCAGCAGCAGCGUGAAAAUGAAGAGCACAAGAGGCAGCUCUUGGCAGAACGUCAGAAGCGGAUUGAGGAGCAGAAAGAGCAGAGGCGGAGGCUGGAAGAGCAGCAAAGGAGAGAGAAAGAGCUAAGAAAACAACAAGAGAGAGAGCAACGGCGGCAUUAUGAAGAACAAUUGCGGCGAGAAGAGGAAAGGAGACGGGCUGAACACGAGCAGGAAUACAAGCGCAAGCAGUUGGAGGAACAACGGCAAGCGGAGAGGCUACAACGACAACUGCAACAAGAACGAGAUUAUCUAGUUUCUUUACAGCAGCAGCAGCGACAAGAACAAAGACCAUCCGAAAAGAAGCCUCUCUAUCAUUACAAGGAAGGGAUGAACGCCACUGAGAAGCCAGCUUGGGCAAAGGAGGUUGAAGAACGUUCCAGACUUAACCGGCAAAGUUCCCCAGCCAUGCCUCACAAGGUGGCCAACAGAAUUUCUGACCCAAACCUUCCACCUCGAUCAGAAUCCUUUAGUAUUAGCGGGGUGCAGCCUGCUCGGACACCACCCAUGUUGCGAUCAGUGGAUCCACAGAUUCCACAUCUGGUCAGUGUGAAAUCCCAGGGACCUUCCUUGCCUGCCUCUCAGUCACUGCAUGAACAACCCACAAAGGGAAUGGCUGGGUUGCAGGAAGCCCUAACGGUGACCUCUCACCGCACUGAGAUGCCAAGGCAGAACUCGGACCCCACUUCCGAAAAGCCUCCUCUCCCCCCUCGUGUUGAAAAGUUUGAUCGAAGUUCUUGGUUACGACAGGAAGAAGACAUUCCACCAAAGGUGCCUCAACGAACUACUUCCAUUUCACCUGCAUUAGCUCGGAAGAACUCACCUGGGAAUGGGAAUGCUCUAGGACCUCGACUCGGAUCACAGCCCAUAAGAGCAAGUAACCCAGACCUGCGGAGAACAGAGCCCAUCAUAGAAAACCUGAUACAGAGGACAAGCAGUGGCAGUUCUUCCAGCUCCAGCACCCCCAGUUCACAGCCCAGUUCACAGGCCGGCUCCCAGCCUGGAUCCCAAGCUGGCUCCAGUGAACGGAACCGAGCCAGAGGAAAUGCCAAGCUUGAAGGAUCACCCAUCCUCCCACAUGAACCAGCCAAGGUAAAGCAGGAAGACAGCAAGGAGAUGACCCGACCAAGUCGACCUGCUGAUCUGACUGCUUUAGCAAAAGAACUGCGGGAACUGCGGAUUGAAGAAACCAACCGGCCUUUAAAGAAAGUUACCGAUUAUUCCUCUUCCAGUGAGGAGUCUGAAAGCAGCGAAGAGGAGGAAGAAGACGGAGAAAGUGAAACACAAGAUGGCACUGUGCCCGUCAGCGACAUCCCACGGCUUAUACCAACGGGAAUGCCGGCCAACAAUGAGUCCUACAAUCUAGGAAUGGUAUCGAGCCAUGGUGGUCUGGAGCCCCCCCACCCUGACAAAUUUAGCAGUAUUUCAAGAGAAGGGACUUUAAUGAUAAGGGAGACUUCUGGUGACCACAAGCGCUCAGUCCACCCAGCCAGCAAUGGUUUUGCUGGCCAUGUCAACCUUCCCGAUCUAGUGCAACAAAGCCACUCACCUGCGGGCACGCCGACUGAGGGCUUGGGGAGAGUCUCCACCCAUGGGCAAGAGAUGGAGCCAGUGGCUGAAUACGGCAUGGGGAGCAGUACAAAAGCUUCUUUCGCCCCAUUUGUGGACACCAGGGUAUAUCAGACCUCUCCGACUGAUGAAGACGAAGAUGAUGAUGAAGAAUCCUCUGCUACAGCAUUAUUUACCAGUGAGCUGCUGAGGCAAGAACAGGCCAAACUUAAUGAAGCAAGAAAAAUUUCUGUAGUAAAUGUGAAUCCCACCAACAUUCGUCCUCAUAGUGAUACCCCAGAGAUCCGAAAGUACAAGAAACGCUUCAAUUCAGAAAUCCUGUGUGCUGCUUUAUGGGGUGUAAACUUGCUUGUGGGAACCGAGAAUGGGCUUAUGCUGUUGGAUCGGAGCGGACAAGGAAAAGUGUAUAAUCUGAUCAAUAGAAGACGGUUCCAACAAAUGGAUGUGUUAGAAGGCCUCAAUGUCCUAGUAACUAUCUCAGGAAAGAAGAAUAAGCUUCGGGUUUACUACCUUUCAUGGUUAAGAAACAGAAUAUUGCACAAUGAUCCAGAGGUAGAAAAGAAACAGGGCUGGAUCACUGUAGGUGAUUUGGAAGGCUGCAUCCAUUAUAAAGUUGUGAAAUAUGAGAGAAUCAAGUUCUUGGUGAUUGCCUUAAAGAAUGCUGUAGAGAUCUAUGCUUGGGCUCCUAAACCUUAUCACAAGUUUAUGGCAUUUAAGUCUUUUGCAGAUCUUCAGCACAAACCGUUGCUUGUUGACCUCACAGUAGAAGAAGGACAAAGGUUGAAAGUCAUCUUUGGAUCCCAUACUGGCUUCCAUGUUAUUGAUGUAGAUUCAGGCAAUUCGUACGACAUCUACAUACCAUCUCAUAUUCAGGGCAAUAUUACACCUCAUGCCAUCGUCAUCUUACCCAAGACGGAUGGAAUGGAAAUGCUUGUGUGCUAUGAGGAUGAAGGGGUAUACGUUAAUACCUAUGGACGCAUAACAAAAGACGUGGUGCUCCAGUGGGGAGAAAUGCCCACUUCAGUGGCCUAUAUUCACUCCAAUCAAAUAAUGGGCUGGGGUGAGAAAGCUAUUGAGAUACGAUCUGUGGAGACAGGACAUUUGGAUGGAGUAUUUAUGCACAAGCGUGCCCAGCGGUUAAAGUUUCUAUGUGAAAGAAAUGAUAAGGUAUUUUUUGCAUCGGUAAGAUCAGGGGGAAGUAGCCAAGUAUUUUUCAUGACCCUGAACAGAAAUUCCAUGAUGAACUGGUAAUGAAGGAGCAACUUGGUGCUUAUUUUGAUGCCAAGAUGUAUUAAAUUUUGAAGGACAUCUGAAUUUGCAGAGUUACACUGUCAAAGCAAGUGAAGAAGAAGAUAUUGGGAUCCUGUAGCUUUCUUCGGUGAUCACAAUCUGCUCGUGCAGCCAGAUUCUGAGAACAUGACACACUUUUCCCAUAGUGAUUUCAGAAUGCAAAUUUCUUCAAGAUUCCAAGAACGCAACACUGAGCAGGAAAGGACCAACGCUGAAGAGGUUUAGCCGAAUAAAUCUCUCUGAGGUGUUCAAACUAAGCUGUGAUAGAAUCAGCUCUAGGGUUUUUAAAAAUAAUAAUUAUUAUUUUUUUCCUUGAUCCUGAGUUUGUAUGAAUAGAGACAGGUCUUAAAGUGAAAACAGAAUAUCUGUUUUAAUAACGUCUGCCUAUUAGCACCGAUUAUAUAGUAUGAUGUAAGGCAGAUUCCCCUGACCUGGUGUCUUUUAGGUGUGGUGGACUAGAGCUCCCAUGAUCAUGGCUAGCAAGCCAAAUGGGUAUGUUGGUUUGGAAUGAUGGGAGUUGUAAUCAAACACAUCUGUGGAGGUUAGGCUGAGAACUGCUGUUAUAAAGUUAUCACUUAAAACUGAUGCAAGAGAGCACAAUAAAUGUACCCUUUUUAAUCUUUGUGUGAGAGGCCCUAACCAUAGAGUGGCCACGUUUUGUAAACUCUUUUUUGCUUUUAUGGACAUUUGUGUGGGGAUUAUUAUUUUGUUGUGGUUGUUUUUGUUUUAUUUUAUUUUAUUUUUUGCAAACAGGUCAGGAUAUUUCAGAUAAGAGUAUACGUGAGGUUUUUGUCCCAUUCCUGUGGGAAAUCUAAAUGGCUAGACAACGUAGCUUUGGAGAAUAUAAUACGAUCGUGAUAGAGUUAACUUUUUGUCAGUCUUUCAGUUCAUUCUUCUUCCCCAGCCUGGCCAUCCCCAGAUGGGAUCGAAAUGCCACCUCCCCAGAUUCUCAGCCAGCGAGGUCAUAUGCCGAAUAUAUUCUGGUUGAUCAAUGUUCUUCUUUAUAGAUCUUUGAAUAAUGGUGCUCAUUGAUUUUAAAAAAAACAGCAGUGCCAUUCUUGUUAGUCAUUCCCACUGGUUGCCUUUCUCCAAGCUGUAACACGAAGGUGUCUCUAAAUGGGAAGCUAUUUGAAAUGUUGUAAGAUUCCAAAGAUUGGCUAAAGAAUGCCCCCCUAGCAGCUUGACACAUAAGGCAUCUUAACUCGGAUGUGUUUGAAUCCAAAUCAUACCUAUUCUGUACAGUUGUGCUUUACUUCGGGGGAUAAGGGGCAUGAUUCCUUGUAGAUACUGGUGUGUUUUAUUUCUUCCACUAAAAAUUACAAAGAGACGACAUCAUUCCGAUACUUCCAAGACGGAAGCCCCAAAUACAGAUCAGUAUUUUUUAAUCCAAUGGUGUCCUAUUCUUAAUAUGGAAAAUCUUAAUAAAAUAUUAAUAUCCCAGUACGAAGACGUGCAGGAGAAGGAGAGCAGAUUAAAAGAGGGUUUCAUUGAUCAGUAACCUGGCAUUUAGGUGCCAUCUUUCUGCCCUUCUCCGCCAUGUACCCAUCUGUAUAAUGACCAACAAAUGUGCAGAAGGAUGUAUGUUUUUAGUCUGAAUUUAUCUCUGUCUUUAUAUGCUUUGUUCAAAUUAUUUGUAUUUUCAAAUUAGUUGCUUCCACUGUCUCCAAGCCUGGAUUCUCCCCCUGGUUUCUGGAUAUGACGUAAUUGGAUCUGUUUUGCUAUUUUUAACCUACCUCAUUUUAUUUUUAUUUCAGUUCUCUUUUUCUUAUUGGCUCCCAUAGAUACCCGGAGAGUUUAAUUGGCCAGUCCAAGGAAUAGCUGAUAAUUCUGCAGAGGCCAGGUUUUCGAGAAGUGGAAAAUUAACAUCAAACUCUCCAUUUCCAUUUCCACCCCACCCCUUUCAACCAUUCCAUAACUUCAGACUUUUGACCGUAUAUGCGAGUCGACGCUACUGUAGUCACAACGCAUUGGUCCGUGAGAACAAGCUGGCCAUAAACACACAACAUGCAAAGUCAUCUGUCAGAGAGGCUACCCAAAAUUACUGGAAGCCAGGAGCUCAGAACGUAUUGCUAUCAUUGUGCAUACGUGAAGUUAUGAGUUACAAGCUAUGUUCCCAAAGUCAUCAGAAGUCACUGACUUCUCGGAAACAGGCUUUCUGGAUAGGCAUGUGCAGCUGGAUGGGAGAAAUAACUGAUACCUUUCUUAAUGAUGCAUUCCAUCAGAAAUAAGCUCAUGUUUGUCAUCCACAUUCAACUCUAUCUCACUAUCUGGCCUAGAGAGAUGACGGUAAUAGCAUUGCUGGCUAUAUGUACAACCAGAUGAACCUUUCGGGUUAAGCAUGCUCUGUCAUUCAUAUUCAACGUCAUUGGUGCUUCCAAACUUUCUGAAGAGAGUCUUGCUGGGCACCUUUCAACUUCAUACUGUUUGGCGGCUUUUCUGUAAUAAAACACGGUGGGAGGAGUUGGUGAUCAUCUAUGUCAGAGAUCUACAUCAGAGGAUCUUGCUUCUUCCCCCUUUAAAAAGGAGGCUAAUAUACGGAGUCAUAAGAUCAGACCCCAACAUUUGACACAUUAUCUCCGAGAUGGACAUUCAAACCCACUCUGCAUGCAUUCUGAGCAUCAAAGUUGCACUAGCUCCAUUUUUGGCUGAGCUCACAAAGGGGCUAAUUAGGAUUCUUUCAUUGCGUUAUUUAGUUAGGGUUUUGUAAGCCUAACAUUAAUCCAGCUUCUACAGAUCAAAUGAUUAAUUUCUAGUCAAUUAUUAUGACCAGAAAAUGCCAUGACCUAAUCUAUAAAAGAGAGACAGUUCGAUGUAUUGGUUCUUGGGCUAGAAACCAGGAGACCAUGAGUUGUAGCCCUGCCUUAGUACAGAGCCAGCUGGGUCACCUUGGGCCAGUCACACAGUCUCAGCCCUUGUAAGGAAGCAAUGGCAAACCCCUUGUGAAAUCUUGCCAAGAAAACUGCAGGGACUUACCGAGGCAGUCACCCAGGAGACUGACUCAAAAUUGAGUCAUCCAAAAACAUCUCAGAUUGAGCUCAACUUCUGGUUACUUCAUGGACUCAUCCACCUAGAUUUCUUGACGUUACUUGCUCAUGUCUUCUACAGUCUUGGUCUUUCCUGGCUUCCAUCUACAUACAAAAUCCAUACUGAUUUUUAUAAUCAGCCAAGGUCAGCUAAAGAAAUAUGCAAGUAGUUUUAACAAUAAUUGUUUAUCUCUACGUAUCGCUACCCAGCUUCAAGUACUCUCUACUCUCUAUGUAUACUUUAAAAAAAUAAUAAGUUCUCCACUCGAAGGAGAAUACGGAAAAUAAUAAAAUUAAGAUGCUGGAGAGACCUAUAAGAACUUGUCUCAAAGAUAGAAAACAAAUACAAUCAAGCAAAUAGGUGGCUGCUGAGGGACAUUCAGCGUGUCUGAAUCUAUGGUCCAUUUUCUUCCAAUGGAAGAUACAAGCAAGGCACGUCUGUUAAUAUAAAGAUUUGCCCACCCUUUACCUUCCAUUGUCAUUGACCAAAUUUUUUAAUAUAGAGCUCAAAAUUGGUGCUGAAAAAGGGAGGGCUCACCACGUUCCAACCACCAGCACUUUUAUAACUUCAGUGCUUUUCGUGUUGGCACCCAAUGGAACUCUGUUGAAAACCUAAGAUAGAGGUUUCCAUAAGCUUGCUCAGCAUCGUGCCAAUUAAUGUAUGGCAUUCCACACAAGGUAUUUGUGAUAAUUCAGAAACAUCUCUGGACUUAUCCAGUCUCAUGACCUCAGGUAUCUUAAGAACCAAGUUGAUUUUUGCUGGUUCAGCUGCAAUAUCCCCACAUUGCAUCAAAAACUUCUUUUCCUUAGUGUUCCAGUAUUGGGGAUAACUCUGGCUUAAUUUCAUGCCCCACCUUCUUUCUUUCCUAGCCCCCUAGCAGGGAUACCAUCCUCUGUGUUUUAAGGUUAAUGAAAUGAACAUGAUUAGGAGUCAGCUUCAAAACUCUUGUGGGGUGCGGGGCGCCAUGGGACUAGAGAGCAGAAACAACAGGCAAGCAGCAAUGCCAUCAGUACUGUAAUAAUGAACAAUUGUUCGAAUAAAGAGUCGCCAACGUUUAGGAACGUCAUCACUUAAGCAAAAGAAGUUAUUGAAAACUUUAGCAGCAUUUUGCAUCUGACUAGGCAAGUACAGCAAAUCGCUCCCCCCCCUUACAAGACCUGGUGUCCUCCUCCAAUUGUCGUUCCAAAAAUUGUUGGUUUCAAUCCAAUGAUGUAUGAGAAUUCUGGGACCAACCCACUUGGAGGGUACCUGAUUGAGGAAGACUUAAUCCGUGCUUACCAUUUGUCAUGCUUAGUAUGUUAGAAUAGAAAAGUGAUCUGAGCCAACUUGAGCAAUCCAGGUUGGACAGCUUGAGGCCUAAGGUACAUUUUUGCAACACUUAUCCACCCAUCCAUAUAGCCUUAUCGGAGUACUCUUAAAGACAUACCCAUCUCUUUCUCCCCCCCCCCUUAAUUUAUUAUACCAUUGCUCUUCCAAAUUAUACGAAACAUAGACCAAAAUUACUUGGCUGGAUCUAUUUUCUUUUUUUUAAGGACAAGAACCUCAAUUGGAGUCCCCCUAUUCACGCACACCCAUCCCCCCUUGUGCUCCUUGUGUUUCUUCCUUGCUGCUAAAAUUAGAAGGUCCCACAAAGAAAACAACUCUCUAUUCCAUACAUCAAAUUGAGCAAUAACAUUUCCAACUCAGUUAAGUCUACAAGUGUAACUUCUGGGGACUGGUAUGAGUAAGAGCAAGUUUCAUAACAACUGCCACCAGCUCUUUUAUGUCUUUGCUGUGGUUACCUUUUAAACCAGAAGCUUCUUAUUAAAUUAUGUUGAAAACAUCAA